AUGGUGGCUCUUAGCACUCUGGAAGCUUGCCCUUGUGUCUGGUGCUGGGUAGAGCUGCCGCCGCCGCCGCCGCCGCCGCUGCCGCCGCCGCCGCCGCCACAGCCGCUGCUGCAGCCGAAGCAUCCGGGAGCCACCGCCGCCGCCGCUGCUGCAGCUACCGCCACUCACGCUGCUUCCACCGCUGCUACCUCCCCUCCCAGGACCCCGAGACACCCCGAGCGCAAGCGGCUGUGCUGCCUGCUUGCUCUGCCGUUCCCCCCACCCCUCCCCUCGGUGACCUACCCACCCCUUGCAGCCUUCGCUCGCACCUUCUCCGACACCCCGGCAUCCCUGCACCACCUGCACGGGCAGCCCCGGCGGGCUCUGGGACUUGCUGUGAGCGCUGAGAGGAAGGCAAGCUCCAAACCCGUGCCUGGCAGACGGGCUGUCGCGGCUGCACCACCAGCAGGAGGAGGCCGAGAAGAAACUAUUUCACCCACCCAAACCCCAUUCUGCGGGUGCUUCGCCGCCGCCGCUUCUACUGCCGCCGAUCCGCGUUCGCGGGUUCGAACACCGCAGCGGCGGGGACGCUGGGUCCAGCGGGCGCCGGGAGAACACCAGCGGAGACCUGAACUCGUGUGCCCCGCUCGCCAGCAUCUCUUGCCCACUCGUUCCUUCCCCAGCCCUUUAGAGAAAGGACCAUGAUUUGGAAACGCAGCGCGGUUCUCCGCUUCUACAGUGUCUGCGGGCUCCUGCUACAAGGUAAUCCCCGCCCCGCCGCGGGGAGCAUCAACUGGACGCCCAUUCCCCAUCAUCAUCAUUCCACCCCAUAUUUCCACUCUUCCCUUUACGGUCCCCCGGUCCUCGGCGAUUUCUACCCCCUCCCCCCACUCCCCGGUGCUGCAGGGGGCAGUGGUAGUUUGCACCAGCCCCUCGAAUCCCUGGCGCUGGCUCAGCCCAGCCCUCCCAGCAGUCAGCCCCUUACGCGGCACCUUUCGCCUUUUCAUUCACCUGAGCUUCCUUCCUCUCUCUCCAUCCUUGCCAGCAUCCCCCACCCACCCCACGCCUCUUGGCUGGCAACUUGUGUCUUUCUGAACAUUCCACCCUCCCCACAACCCCCACCAGCCACCUCCCACAGCAUCUCCCUCCAUCUCUUGUCGCUUUAACCUCCCCCCUUUUCGGGUCGCCUUUCCCUUUCCCCGUCUUCCCACCAUCAUCAUAUCUGUGUGUCUUUAAAAAGUGUGUGAGAGCCUGGGAGCGAGCUCCCGAGACGGCGAGAGCAGCAGCAGCAGCAGCAGCACCGGGCGCAUUGCAAUCACAUCCCGGGGGGAAAUGUGUCGUGAGACGUGUCAUUCACCUAGAAAGGGAGAGGAGACUCUGUCUGGGGUUU